AUGUGUCGAGAUUCACGGACCACCGGACUCUCCGUUGAAUUUCGGACGCGCAUCUGGCAUCCGAACAUUUCGCCGGAAUCGGGCGCCAUCAGCCUAGACAUACUCUGGAAGGGUUGGUCGCCCGACAUGUCGAUACGCACCAUCUUGAUGACCGUCAGGAACAUCAUAGCCAACCCGGAUAUGGGGACACCCUUCGACGACGACGUGGCCCGCCAAUACAUCCAUAAGCACGAGCUGUUUGUGCGCACGGCAAAGCACUGGACCAACCGCUAUGCCAACGGACCCAACAUUAUUCCCGAGUUCGAUGAGAAGAUCCAAGCCCUCAAGGACCUGGGCAUGUAUGAGUGCUUGGCUCGUUCCAUACUCUCCAAAAAGGACUGGGACGUGGGCAAGGUCUCCCACAACUUCUUAACGAUUAAGUCUCAGCACGAAAAUUGA